AUGGACGAAGAUGUUUACUAUCCUCAAGGAUGCCUUCCAAUCGAAAAUACAUUGAAUGUAUCACAACAAAUUGAAAGACUGCGGAAACUGUCUAUAUGCUUGCUAGACUGUAAAACUGGCGUUGACGCAGAUACCGAGCCACCGAAAAGGUUUACCAAAUUGUUCAAGCACCUGUCUCAGCACUGCUUUCUCAACAAUUCGAACUCAGACUUUCGUCUUUACCUCUCGUUGUGCUUAGGACAUAUUCUUCGGAUUUUCCAACCAGAGAUUCCAACGCCUACCGCUGUAUACUUAAAGGAAGUUUAUCUGCACAUUUUCCGAACACUUCGCGGCUUAUCAGAAAUUACGACAGACAAUCCAAAGUUCAAGAAUUACUUUACUCUUGUUGGGGUCAUCGAGAAAAUCUUGAAUCCCCUCAAUGAAAUGAGAGACGAAGAUGAGAUAGAAGCAAUUACAGUGAUCAAGUGCUUCUUCAAAGGUUUUUUAGUUCUUACUUCUGGAAAAGCAUGGAAGAAAAAUCUCGGAGCUGAAUGUCAGAAACUAAGCAAGAAUGAAGGUCCUAGUGACGCUGACCCCGUUACUGAAAGUGACGAAGAUCUAGAUAAUGACAACAGGAUGAGCCACGGUGAUCAAGAAAUGAACGAUUCUAUCAUAAAUAAACUGGUCAAUAUCGCCAAAGAAAUUUUAUCAUCAAUGGAAUAUGUUCCCAACGAAAUUAUGGAUGUUAUUCUUUAUCAAAUUACUAGUCAUCAAAGAACAAACUUUCCUGAAGCUCGAAUGAUGGCGGAGAAAGUUAUUAAAGUUUGUCUUGAGAAAGAAAAUCCGUCGGCUGAUGAAAACGUUCUAAUCCGAUCGAUUCGAAAUGUUAUUACGUCUGCUGCAAAAGAAGGGAAGCUACCAGAAGAGUUUGAGAAGUGUGGAUAUGAUAAUCGGCACAAGUUUUUCGAUCUGCUCCGAUAUUUGCAUUAUAUUUCGGAAAAACUAGUGGCCGGUGCCACCGAAGAACUGAAGUUUUGGUUGCAGUCCGACAAUCCUCAAUAUCGCAAAGAUGCUGUAAGAACGGUUGGAUUAUGCACAAAAGACAAACAUUGUCAAUUCGGAAUGGAAUCGGAUGAUUCCACUUGGAACGCUUUUCUCAAUGCUUCAAGUGAUCGGGACGAAAAAGUUCGUUAUGAAUUCGUGGAUCAAGCCAAGAAUAUUCUUUUUUCGAAUCACUCUCAUCUUCGAGGACAAGUCAUCAACGCUCUUUUCCGUCUUUCAAAAGAUUUGGACGAUGAAGUUCGUCUUCAUGUCGUUGAAAUUGUCACAGAUGUAGCCAAAUCUAAAUUGGAAGUUAUCAGUGAUAAAUUACUGAAAUUGUGUGCCGAGAGGAUGAGAGACAAAAAACCCAAAGUUCGGAACACAUCCAUCAAAUUGUUUAUGGAUCUGUAUCAUCAUAUCAUGACUUCCAAGCCGGAACCAUACUGCAAAGGUGUUAAUGCCAGUUCAUCGAAUAGGAUAGAAAACGCAGCUUUGCGUUACACGGAAUCUGAUAAAAACUGUGUUCGAUUCAUUCCAUCAGCCGUCUUGCAUGUUGCGCGAAUUCCUCACAAAUUUCCUGCAUAUACCGAUUCUCGAUUGCUCAUCGAAAGAUAUAUGCAGGUCUAUUUCAUCCCAUACAAAAGUUCAGCUUCGACAAGAGUGAAGAUUAUGACCUCGCUUCACAGAGAUUUGGACGAUCUUGGAAGAAUAAUGUUUGCUGAUAUUAUUACUCGAUCAUCACAACUUCGUCGGGCAAUGCUUGGCAUUCUGAGUCAAGUGGGAAGUUCAAAUGAGGUCACAGCGGAUAGUUCUGCUCAGAUCCAAACUCGUAUCAGCAGGAUUGCUCAGAUCUUUCCCGAACCAGCCGCUCUUGAGAGAGUGAUGAAGGGCCUUGUGAAUCAAAUGGCAUUAGAAGAGGCAAUUUUCGCCGAUUUUAAGAAAUUGAUGGACGAUCGCUUCACAACUAAAGACAAUGUGGAAAUCGCUCUGAAUAUGAAAAGUAAAAUUGAGAAAAAGUUGACUGGUGGAAAAAAUGCUCAAACGAUAUUUCGGCAUUUUCUGGAUCGUGUCAUUCCGCUGAGUUUCGAUAGUCUCGCGGCAAAGGAACUGAUCAAUGUUGUUUCGGAAACGAUUGCUGCCAAAAUCGACAGGAAGAACUGGGCGGAGACGUGUUUCGAAAAAGAUCUGGAACUGCUCAAACUGUUCAGCGAUCAGUUUGCUCAUGCGUUCGCCGAUGAAGAAACUGUGGAACUAAUCCGUGACAAAAUUCUGGAGCAUGAUGAAGCCGUUUCUGUUGAAGUCGCACUUCAAUGCUUGAGUAGGAUUUUCGAAAAUUCCAAGUUCCGUAAAACGUUCAAUGAAGAGUCUACUCGAAAAGCGAGAUGGUAUUUGCUUAUAAGUAAAAAACUGAAGGAGUACGUAAUGCGAGAAGAACCCGAAUUGCGACACAGCUGUAAACUUGCCACUCGACUCCUUGCCUCGUUCCUUGGAAAAGAGAAAGCUGUUGAAUUUUUCGAUGGAGAGUUUGCUACACUUGUCGAUCGGCUUCACCUCGAAAAUCCAGCGGCAUCGAACAGUUUCCAAGUUCUCGCUGAAAUUUCCCUUAUUGAUGUUCCCCACUACUUUCAACGAAUUAUGAAAAUUAUCGAAUCUGAGAAAAUCGGAACAAUGAUAAUGACGUCGCCUGAUCACGAUGACGAGGACCCCACCCUAUUUGAUAACUUGGUCCAUCUUGAACAACAACCAUGGCCGAAGCUUACAGCAGCGAAAGUUUACGCAGCCAAGUUCACCGCAAAAGUGCUUUGCGCGAUGCUUGUUCUCACAGAUCCAGAUCAGAAAGCAGAGAUUGCAACAGCUUCUCAAAAGUUUAUCGAUUUACUAAGCGAAAUUCUUGAAAAGAAUGGAGAUUUGGGUGGACAACAAUGUGAGGCCGAGAAAGCACGUCUUCGUGUAACAGCUGCCGGAUGUCUUCUCAAACUGGCGUCAGGGAUUACAUACAGGAGUAAAAUUCGUCCACAUCUUUUCAAACGAAUGGCUUAUAUGAUCACAGACGAAGCAUAUUGUGUUCGCUUGUAUUAUGCAAAACACAUCAGAAAAGGCAUUGGUCGAAGACUUCCAAUCGAGUUUGCCGCUUGCUAUGGAUUGAUCAAUCUGGGAUUGACAGAAGAAGACGGUGAAAACAAAAUGGAAGCUUUCAAAGGGAUAUGCAUGAAUCAAGCAAUUCAAUCGUUUGCCGAGCGGAGCGAAGACAGAGCUAACGCGGCUAAUUUACGAGGUCCUCAAAGAGCCAUUUUUUGUGCUGAGACUGUGAUUGCCUAUGUUGUUUGGCUACUCGCGAACUACGAUGGGUUGGAGAAAAUCGAAAAGAAUGCUGACAAGGGUGAUUCAGAAGAAGUUCUUGAACAAAAAGCUGCUAAUGUGAACGUGCUUGCACAGCUUCAAGAAUCCAUGUGGGUUGUGAUGGACGCCUUAAAACUAGCGAAAUGCAACAUGCAAAAAGUAUGGCUGGUUCUGGAAAAGUUGAAAUCUUGUGGAGAUAAACCAAUGCGUUCUGAGAAAAGUCUCACAUCUGUUGAAUUGAUUGAGCAUAAUAAGAAAAUAUGGGCUUUGUGUGAUCUCGGAAUCUCCAUGAUGCUGUAUCGUGCAAAGCUUCAAAUGGAAGACCAAGACUCCAAAGAUGUCGGUUUCAACCUUCAAUUCUUCUAUGUAUGCGAAAAAAAUACGUUUGAUCCUUCAAAUUGCUACGCACCGGAUGUUCUUAUCAACAGCGAGAAACAAAGGAAUGGAAAACUUCCUAAAGCAGGACACAUCUUCCAAGUGGCUGAUAUCACCGUAGUGGCUCCUCAGGAAGAACGAGGGAACGAAACUAGUGCAUCGAAUUCUUCAAGAAAUGUUUCGAGAAGAACCGGAGCCAACACUUCAGGUGGGAAAAGGAAAGGUGUCGGAAGAGGAGGAAGAAGAAGCGGUGCAUCUGUAGGAAGUGAGGACGAUGAAAUGAAAUCACCACCACAGGUCAAGAAAACUAGAAGCAGACGAGGCGUUUAUGAUCUACCAGAUGAAGAAAAUGAGGAUGAGUUUAUUCCACCUUCAAAACGUCGUAAUGCUCGGUCUUCUAAUCGCGGUGGUCGUGAUAAAGAAGAAGAAGUAGAUAAAAUGCCAGAUGAAUUGAUUCCACCGAAACGUCGCGGUGCUCGGACUUCAAAUCGUAAUGUUCCUGAUAAAGAGGAAGAUGAAAUGCCAGAUGAGUUAAUACCUCCAAAACGUCGUGGCGGUCGAAGUUCUGCUCGUGCUGUUCCUAAUGAAGAAGAAGAGGAUGAAAUGCCAGAUGAACUAAUUCCACCGAAACGUCGCGCUGGUCCAUCUCCUAAAGCGACUUCUUCAGUCAAUGGAAUCACAUCCCAAAACGAUGUCUCGCCAAAGAAGCGAUCUUCUGGACGUGGAUCACGAAGUAACAAGAAAGAGUCUGAAGUUGAGAGUUCAAGUUUAGAACAAGAUGAAGAGAGGAUUGAUGACGUUUCACUCGACAACCUCGUGAUUUCACCGAUUUUAAAUGAAUCUUCUGGAAGGAACCGCCGAAGUGCUCGAACCAUUGCUGCAACAGCCACCCUCACAGCAUCCACUCCACUUGUGAAUACUAAACCAAAAACUGUGAAGCGUAAAAGAUCCGAAGUUUUGGUAGAAGAACAAGAAGAAGAAGAAGAGGAAGCACCUACACCGAAGAACAGAACAACUGGAAGAAAUGAUCCGUCAACUCCGAGAGCCAAGAAAGCUUCAGCUACCGUUGAAAAAACGAAUUCUGUCAAAACGGUUUCUCCUGUGAAAAAGGCGGCAACAAAGGAAACACCGAAGACUCCGACUAGAAAUUCAUCUAGAUCUUCGGCUAAAUCUAGUGCAAAAUCUCCUGAAAAACCUCCAGCUAAGAAUUCGAAAACCAAAGUAACGUCUCCAAAGAAAAACAAGUAUGGCAUGCCUAUGGAAGAAGAUGAUGAGACUCCAACAACAUCUGCUCCUUCAGUAAAAUUUAGAACUUCAAGAAGACUCUCGAAAAAAUAA